AUGGUCCAGCUCGCUGAGAAAGCAGAGGACGUCACGACAGUGGUUGUACCCGAGCCUGAGAAACAUCAGAUCUGGAACAAGCUCAACGAAGACGAGUUUGCCAAACGGGUGUCUGCCACUGUGGAUGAGGUGCUUCUUGCGCAAGAACAAUCGGAUACACUAGAGCUCAAUGAAGCACGCGAGGUUCGUAUCUCUUCGAAACAGAGCCGAAAGAGAAGAAAAUUGGCUAACGCUGGAUUCCAGCUUGCACGAUAUCUCGUGGAUACUCAUGAGCACGAUCCAAACUUCCCGCCUGGCGCUUGGGGUCGCAUGAAUGAUUUUCUGCUCAAUGAUACUCUGUUUGAAAACCCCGAGAAACACCAAAGAGAUAUUACAGAGGCCAAAAUUGAAGUCUCCUUGUUGACUUCCAACAGCCCAUAUCCCGAGGUACGAGCUGUCGUUGAACCUCACGAUGAUCCUGAUCUUCCCUGUGGGACCAUUCGAGCCUAUGUCAUCGGGUUGGCAUUCGUCAUACUCGUGGCAUUCAUCAAUCAACUGUUCAGCGUUCGUCAGCCAUCCAUCAGCAUUGGCUCUGCUGUUGUUCAACUUUUGGCUUUUCCUGUUGGAACGGCAGCUGCGCGGUUGCUCCCUGAUAUUGGCGUGACACUUUUCGGCGUCCGUCACAGCUUAAACCCGGGACAAUUCAACAAGAAAGAGCACAUGUUGAUCUCGAUUAUGGCCAAUGUCGGCAUGACGCUGCCAAGUUCAAGAUAUAUCAUUUUCACACAGUGGUUGGACAGAUAUUUCGGCCAGCCUUACGCCAGCUCCUUUGGAUAUCAGAUCCUGCUGGCGCUUUCGACGAACUUCAUGGGCUUUGGUCUGGCUGGCCUGUGCCGCAGGUUCCUCGUCUACCCGUCCUUUUGUAUUUGGCCGCGGUCAUUGGUCACUAUUGCGUUGAACAGCUCCCUUCACAAUGAGGAAAACCACUCCGUGAUCGGGCCCUUCCGGAACAUCUACACCAUAUCCCGAUCCAGAUUUUUCAUGGCAGCAUUUUUCGCAAUGUUCGUCUGGUUUUGGUUCCCAGACUAUAUAUUCGGUGCCCUCAGUACAUUCAACUGGAUUGCCUGGAUCGCACCCCUCAACUUCAACCUUACCGCCAUCACGGGAAUCAAGAAGGGCCUUGGAUUCAACCCUCUUCCGACCUUCGACUGGAACAUCGUGACACAUGUACUUGACCCCCUCAUUGUUCCCUACAUGGUCACCAUCAAUACCUUCUUUGGGGUUCUGCUGGGUGGUAUUGUCAUCAUCGGAAUGUACUGGACCAACGCCUACAACACGGCUUAUCUCCCCAUUAACACCAAUUCGAUGUUCAACCAUUAUGCCAAGUCCUUCAACGUGUCGAUGGUUUUGGACGAUCGUGGAUGGCUUGAUGAGACAAAGUACCAAGCAUACUCGCCAGUUUAUCUCGCCGCCAGCAGUCUCACGAUGUAUUUCUUUUCCUUUGCGGUGUACUCUGCACUUGUUUCAUACGCCUUCCUGUACCAUUCGCGGGAUAUCUCACUUGGUUUCAAGAGUUUGAUCCAGAGCUUCAAGCGAGGCGACGGGGGCCACUUCAAGGACAUCCACAGCAAGCUGAUGUCUGUUUAUCGCGAGGUUCCGGAGUGGUGGUACGCCGUCUUGAAUGUAUUCGCUAUUUCGCUAGGGGUUGCUGCCGUUGCUGGGUGGCCUACCUUUACAAACGUCGGGGUCGUGUUCUUCGGUAUCCUCCUGGCUGUUAUCUUUACUAUACCCACUGGUAUCAUCGCUUCCACGACAGGAAUCGAAAUUGGAUUCAACGUGCUUGCCGAAUUCCUUGGUGGCGCCUUGCAGCCCGGAAAUGCCCUUGCAAUGAACUUCUUCAAGUGCUUCGGCUAUGUCACGACCGCCCACGCUAUCGACUUUGCCAAUGACUUGAAAUUGGCCCACUACCUGAAGAUCCCACAGCGACAGACUUUCUGGGCCCAAAUAAUUGCUGUGUUUGUUUCGGCUUUUGUCUGCACUGCCGUCAUGAACUUCCAGAUCACGAAAAUCCCUGAUAUGUGUCAGCCAGAUCAAAAGGACCGUUUCACUUGCCCUGGAGUCAACACAUACUUCACCGCUGCUGUUCUAUUUGGAAGUCUCGGCGCACGCAAGAUGUUUGGAGCCAAAGGCCCUUACGCCACUUUACUAUCUGCUUUUCCCAUCGGUCUCGCCUUGCCAUUCGUCUUCUACUUCAUUCAGAAAAGACUCCCUCGCAAUCAUUGGUUUGGCAAGAUCCAUCCUGUCAUGUUCCUCUCUGGGGGUAUUCACUGGUCUCCCUAUAACAUAGCCUACAUGUGGCCGGCUGUGCUACCCGCCUAUAUCAGCAUGAAAUAUGUUCGCACCCGAUACCUGGCCUUCUGGGGGAAGUACAACUAUGUUUUAUCGGCUGCUCUAUCGACCGCCAUUGCCAUCGCGGGUAUCAUCAUCUUCUUUACACUCAACUACAAUUCUGUCUCGCUUUCGUGGUGGGGCAAUGAUCCCGAGAGUGGAUGCGAGGCAACGUCCUGCACGCGGCUGAAGCUUCCCAAGGGCGAGUAUUUCGGUCCUCGCAUUGGAAGUUACCCGUGA